UCGCUUGCCAGUCGGAGAAACUCAGCAUGGCGGAUGCGAAAUCGCGACCAGUGCCAGCAAGACGGAAACUGAACGUAGACACGUCGACCAAGACUAGGUUGGUCCAAUCGUUCGUCGGUUUCAACUCCUCGAGUGUGUCUGAGAAACAAGUGGAGCUGGCCAGGCAAUGCAUCGACGUUAUCAAGCCUCGCAGCGCGCGCUACGAAUACAUCCCUUUCCACAUGAUUCUUCACUGGAAUCGGGAGAAGCGUGACUACUUGGAGGUAAUUGCGGGUUCUUGUGAUUAUCUUCUCAAGCAUGCCAUCGACCUACUGAAGACUAGUAGGUGGCCACGGGGAUGGCGCACCAUCAAGACCAACAAGCACAAAUUCCAUGUCCACGUCACCGAUGGCAUGAUUGGAGCCAGGGACAUUUUGGAGAAGAUGGGCUACUCUGAGACUCUCCCGACAGCCAUCAAGUUCCCAGACCACGUCAAGGAACAAGACAGGGAGAAAUUACGGGUUAUAGCUGCAGAGCUGCUGAUGGGCAAAUUGGAGGCUCAAGGAUUGUUACAGGAUCAAGCUAAGCCCUUCAUUCUGGUAGCCAUAGCAUACGGGAGACUGCUAAGUCACGUGCAGGCUCUAUUGAAAUAGUUGCCGGAGAUAUUAUUUAUGAAGGAGAUGAAGGAGAAAGCUAUGAAGAAAUGCUGCAGCCAGUAGGAACCGUUCCUCAUGAUUUCCCCGAAAGACCAACCAUUAGCUAUAAGACAAAGCCUUUGGAAGGUUCCGACGACUAUAGUCUGGUAUUACACUCACCACCAGCGAGCCCAAUCUAUAAAGAGACUAUAAGGUUUAGAAUGGCAGGAGAUAGAAUGCGAUCUGCACCACUUCGAGCCUUUGGACAGUUUCCGUCAUUUCUGGCAAGUGACAGCAUCAAAAGCGACACGAAAUUUAGGACUUGGAGUGAGAAUAUAAGUGUGCCCCAGGAACUAUCAGCUGCAAAAUCAGCCAGAAUCUACUGCAAUUUAGAAGAGUUGAGAAGAGAGAAUCAAGAGGUUAAUACCGAUCCACUGAUGGAGUCGGGCACCUCAAAGUCAUUACCGCAUGAGCUGCAGCAAAGCCCAUACUUCCAACUGAAGUUGUUGGAGUCGAGUCUCGACUCAGAGAUACCAUUUGUGUACACCGGCAAAAAGACAGAGGUUCACUGGAAUGAAGUCGGGAUAAGUCUGUUCUUCCCAGCAGCCGAGUGCGACAAGGAUAUCAAGUUUACGAUCAAGGCCGUGAAUGACGAUUACAUUCUACCAUCGGAGAAUAAGGACAUGCCACUUGCCAGUUCAGUGUACCAGAUCUCGGCGAGUGAUGCAUUACCAGCUCCGGUAACAGUUAGGAUGGCACAUUGUGCUGUUGUCAAAAGAGACAACACCCUGAGGUUUAUGACGGCUCACGGAAAGUCUCCACACAUUUUCAAACCAGUGCCUUCGGGGGUGUUCCCUCAUGGGGAAUUCUACGGGGAACUGGAAUUGCGCGAAUUCAGCUUUUUCACGAUUUCUGCAAAACAUCAGGGAUUGGAGCAUGCGAUUUGCAGUACACGUGUUUCGAUGCAGAGACGGCUCAGCUGAUUUUGUCGUGACAAAAGACAUCCCCGAACAGCGCAACGCUGUGAAGAACAAGUACCAGCGCGAAACGGAAGUUGUUGAAUUCACAAUGGUCUGUUCUUUUUUGACCGAAGCAAUCACGCUUGCCAUACCUGACGCUCAAAGUGACGACGGCUGGAGCGUAAAGCCAGUGGUUGAGCCACCUAGACUCAGUAUGGACAAAAUCCAUGCUUACAAGACGGGCAAUACUAUCCCAAGCAUCAAAAUGAUGGUGAAGUGGGAGGGAGAGGGACAGCCGCGAGAAGAAACGGUAAACAUUGGAGUGGAGGGUGGAGAUUUCGAUUCUUUUAACUUACCGUGUAAGGCGCUGCAGCAUUUUCCUUCCUCUUUAAUACCACCUCCUUCAUCACCACUUCCUUCUGGUGUCAAACCUCGACUCAGCGACUUGAAAUCUGAACUGAGAGCACUUGCUUGGAGUGAAAUAAAGGACAUGGCUAUUUUUCUGGGACUAGAAUAUGCAACCCUCCAGAACAUUGAACAGCAGUACUUCGAGCCCUCACAGCGGCUGACGGCUACGCUGAAUGCAUGGCUGGUGAGCGACUGUAGAGCCUCUUGGAAGAAGAUCGUGAAGUCUCUCAAGGCAAUAAGACAGAAUGUUCUGGCCAGAACAAU